AUGGAUGAAGAAGAUGAUGCAUUUGUGCCAAACAGACGGGGGAAUCCAAAACCAAACAGAAAAAGAACAACACCCCUGACAGAAAAGGAACUGAAAAGCUUACUCAGUGAUGAUACAGAUGCCUCAUCGGUACUUAUGCGAAUUGCACGACAAGAUGGAAGCUUGGAAAGACUCCUAAAAGAAAUGCCUCUACGGGCAGAAAAGUUGUCCUUAAUAGCAAAAGUUUUAGCCAAGGCUGUAGAUAACCCACUCAAUACUCAAGCCCAAACACAAGCAGUUAUUGAAGUGCUGCAGACUUUUCUGGAUGCAGAAGAUUUUCACGAACAAAUUGUUAACAGUUUUCAUUCACCUCUGCGUGGAGAAGGAACAUAUAUAAAGGCAGUCGUAAAACUGCUGAAAUGUACGGUAGAAAAGUUUCAAAACACAGCACCAAAAUUCUUAUCACAUGUCUUUGUGCUUCUGACUGAGAUUAUAGAUUCAAGUUUCCAAGACGAUCAAGAAUUGAAUGAUGACAAGAAUGUUAUUAGACGAUUGCUUGUGGGGCAAAAAAGGCGACAAAAUGACAAUGAAGCGAAGGCUGAAAGGGUUUAUAUUGAUGACGACCAUGCUGUGGAUCCGAACCUUUUCCGUGAACUCAGCAUUAUCCCCACUGCAGCAGACUUUGAUCCUGGCGAAGAUAUUGUUUACAGGGCAAACAAGGUCAAGGGUGUCUAUGAGAACAUAAAUGAUUAUCUUGACAUUCAGUUCCGCUUGCUACGAGCUGAUUUGAUUCUUCCACUGCGUGAAAACAUCAUGAAAUAUCUUCAUGGAGGAGAUCAAAGAAACCUUCGGGGAAUGCAAGUCUACUCUCAUGUGAGGAUAGUUCGGCCAAUAUGUCAUGACAAAGGCCUGUGUUUUAGGCUGUCUUUUGAUGUGUCAAAUCUGAGGAAAAUCAAUUGGGCAGUAUCACAGAGACUGAAGUAUGGAUCUCUCCUCUGUCUCUCUACAGACAAUUUUAAUACUUACCAAUGUGCAGUCGUGGAAAACCGAGAUUCUAAAGAUCUUGCAAAGGGACUUGUUGAUGUGCAGUUUGUUUUGAAUGAACAUGGGCAAAAUGUUCAGGUGGGUAGGCAUGAGGAGUUCAUGAGACUGAUCAGCGAAGCCAGGGACCUUCGUUAUGUCAUGGUAGAGUCACCAACAUAUUUUGAGGCAUACAAGUAUGUUUUACUGGGCUUGCAGAACUUCACAGAAAAUAACUUUCCUUUCUGGAGAUACAUUGGGCAAUGUAAUCCACAGAUUGACUCUCCGGAGUAUCUUCAUAAUGGAAAUUCUACAUUUGAUCUUCGACCUUUGGUUGACAGUGAUUUUGCAAUCAAAGAUAAUCAGGAUGAUGAACCACAAUUCAGCGAUGCCUCAAAAGCUGCUAGAGCAGUAGAUGUUCUUGACCCUAACUCCUGGCCACACCCUAACAAGUUUUCACUGGAUAAUUCACAGUUUUUAGCUCUGCAGUCAGCACUGACAAAAGAGUUCUCAAUCAUUCAAGGGCCUCCAGGUACUGGCAAAACAUUUAUUGGCCUUUUGGUUAUGAAAGCUUUGCUGCAUAACAAACAUAUCUGGCUUGGUGAUGGAGAACGGUCUCCCAUACUUCUUGUCUGUUACACAAAUCAUGCAUUGGAUCAAUUUCUUGAAGGCAUUUUAAACUUUUAUCAAGGGUCCUUGGUACGGGUUGGUUCGAGAAGCAAAAGUGAAAGACUUGAAGAAUUCAACUUGAGGGGCAUGAGAAACAGAGCUAGGGAAAAUAGAACAGUUCCCAUAGAAGUUCAUCUUGCUAAGCAAGAGACAAGGUUGAAAAUGAAAGACAUGAAAGCUGAAAUCCAUACAGAAGCUGCAAAACUGGAAAUAUUAGAGAGGGAAAUAGUGAAAGAGACAUUCUUGAAACCUAUGAUAGAAGAGAGUCAUUACAAGACAUUAAGAGGUCUUUCUGGAAAUAAUGAAAGUGUAAUUACCACAUGGCUUCGAAUUAGUUCUGAUGUCACUAAGCUUGAUGAUGUGAAGAAGCAGCAACAACAAAAGCUGGAGAAUCAAGGCCAAGCAAGAAAUGCAUUCAGACCUGAAGUAGGCGCUGAUGAAGCUGCAGGAGAGGCAAAUGAACAAGGAAAUGAUUCUGGAGAAGAUGAGGAUGAGGAAGGGGAUCUUUUUGACAUGUUAAAUGUUGACCUCCCUCAGACACGACAUUUGGACAUAGAUGAUGAUGAUGAUGGAGCAGGGGAUGAUGAUAAUGACUUGUUUUCAGAGCUGUCUGAAAGUCUUGGCGAAGGCUUCAUUGAAAAUGUGAGGCAUGUAAAUAAAAAACUUGAUGAGGCUGACAUAGAAGCUGAGAGAAUUCGGCUCCGAAAUGUAGCUUUCAGUAUUAGUUCAUAUGGAGAAGAACCACCACCAAUAGGUCUGACUAAAGAUGAAAAGAAACAGUGGAAUCAUAUUGUUCUCAAAAAAAAAAAAAAAAGAGCAAUUCUCCUUGGACAUCUUCAGAAGGUGGACAGAAUGACUGAAGAUGAAGUGAGUCAAGUUUACGAUGUCUCGAAAUUGAAAUUGAAUGAGAGAUGGAGAUUGUAUCGAUAUUGGAUUGAUUUGUAUUGCAGGCAGAUCAGAGGAGAAAUUAGAGUCAAAACAGAGCAGUAUGAGCAAGCGGCCAGGCGGUAUCAGGAAAUCUUACUCCAGGAGGAUAAGACAAUACUCGAAAGAGCAACCAUUAUAGGAAUGACUACAACAGGUGCUGCACGUUACCAAGGAAUUCUCAGGGAAAUUGGGCCAAGAAUUGUAUUGGUAGAAGAAGCUGCAGAAGUGUUUGAAGGCCAUGUGAUAACUUGUCUGACAGACCAGUGCCAGCAUGUGGUUCUGAUUGGGGACCACAAACAGUUGAGGCCCAAUCCUUCUGUCCUAUAA